UUUAGCUCUUGUCGUCAUGACUUCUAGUGCCCCCGUUGCUACUGCUACUGCUGCUCCUACUGCUGCUGCAGAUAAUGCACAGCAAAACAGCUUCAAUCCCUCAUGGAUGCGCUCUGCAUUCAAUGGUGCAGGUGGUGGAGCCUCGAAUCGGACCCCGAAGACGGAUUAUCCACUCGCCGCUCCCAUAUUUGUCAAGAAUCGUUACGGUCGCGAGGAUAUGUUGGCCCUAAUGGGUGAUGCUGCUGGGCAUCCAGCUCCAGAGGGUCUUCAGAACUGUCCAUUCUAUGUCGAGGAAGCUUUACCUCCGAUUGUGUGCUAUCCGUUGUCUGAUUUAGAGCAGCGCCUUCAACACAACAUCAACUCGUCGAAAGCUAUGUCAUCUCUUUCACAUGCAGAACGUGCAAGUGUUGCUACCGGCGCUGCUUACGGAGGUGGUGGAAAUGGUGAAGCCAACACUGCUUCUCACAAGUCAUCUGGAACUUGGACUCCAGUCAAACCUUGGAAUCGUGCUCAUCAAGCUGGUGGUCCCCCAGCAAGAGGAGGAAGUGCAUCACGUUCUCAUGUGCCGCCUGUGCGAACAAUCCCUCGUGCAGAUGGGGGCAGCAACCAAGAAUCGCCUCAAAUAACACCGUUCGGACAGAGAUUCGCAAAUCGAGGUCGUGGUGCACCUGCUACAGCACGAGGUGGUGGAGUAUCUGGUGGAACAUUCAAUUCUCGUGCUCAAGGAUUGUAUGACCCACGUGAUCCCAAAGAUCGUCCUCGUAAUAGAGUGCGUUCCACGAGCGACGAAGGUGAUGCUCCACCUGCUGGAGAAGGUGGAUGGACUACUGCUGGAGGUGGCAAACACGCUUGGGGAAAUCAUAAUAAGGAUGGUGGACAACAUAAUGUAUGGAAUGGUACUCAAAGCGCUAAUAGUACAUUAGCUGGUUCCGGAAACGAUGAACGGGAAAGAUCUGAGCGUAAGAGUGAAAGUGGACCUAUGCCUGAAUGGAUGGACGACGGAGAAGAUCAAGAGAAAACUGAAUCCAGUGACGAUACGACUAGUGCCACAGGCUCAUUUGACGAACACGGACGUUUCCAAAAGAAGCAUUACAACAAUUCCAUCGAUUCUAAAGCUGCGAAGAAAUCAGAUUCGCUGAAUGACCAGCAACAUCCCAACAGAAGCCCGACUGCCGCUGUUCCAUCAGGUCCGCCAUUACCCGAAAAGACUGCGCCACCUGUUCAGAGGGCAACUGAGAGCAAUUCUUCUGCGCAAGACCUAUCAAAGUCUGAUUCGGAAGCUACAAGAAAUUAUGCGAAUGUACGACAACAGCCCGAUUCUACGGGGUACAUGUCUUCAUCGGCUGGGGCUCAGAUGCUGUCAAAUCCCAGCGUUGGAGUUUCUAGCAUGUCCACCCCGGUCUUGCCGCAACGAACACCACCUCAGUUCUAUUAUCUUGAUCCUACAAAACAGGAACGUGGACCGUUCGAGAAGAUUCAAAUGGAUAGUUGGUAUAAGCGUGGUUAUUUCACCGAAGGUCUCGAGGUUCGUCGUAGUACCGACACCAAAUACAGAACAUUAGGUGAACUGAUGCAGCUGAAUGGAAGAAUAACACCAUUUGAUUAUAAGGAUGAAGUCGUCCCAGCGCCUCCAGUCACAGCGGUGUUUUCUAACCCGUCGCAAUCUUACCCUGCCCUCUUUGCAGGCGGAAGUAUGUGGGGAGAACUAGGAGCACCUGCAAGCGUGAUGUAUGGUCAACCUGGAUACGAUCCGAUUGCUGCUGAAAGAAAACGCAUAGAGGAGGAACAACGACGCAUUUUGGAGGAACAAGCAAAAAUGAGGGAGUAUCAGGAACGGUUAAUGAGAGAGAUGCAGAAGCAGCGUGAAGAGCAUGAAAAACAGCUUAUGGAGCAGAAAAUGGCUCUAUUGAAACAUCAGGAAGAAAUUGAGCGGCGUGAACGUGAACUGAAGGAGUCUGCUGAAGAAACAAAAGCUCGCUUGGAAAUGGAACGCCUUGCCUUAGCUGAAAAAGCUCGUCAAAUCGAGGAAGAGCGAGCAGCAAAAAUCAAACAAGAACUGGAAAAUGCGCGAAAGGCUGAAGAAAAGAGAAUUGAAGAGGAAAGGAGAAAACGACAGGAGGAAGAGCUGGAAAAACAACGAAGAGAAGAAGAAGAGGAACGGAAACGACAGGAAGAAGCAGAGAGGGAAAGAAGAGCUCGAGAAGCUGCUGAGGAAGAGGCACGACGUGCAAAGGCUGCUGCUGAGGCGGCCGCUGAAAAACUUCGCCAGCAUGCGGAACAACAGAAGAAGCAGCGUGCGGCUGAAGAACAGCGGAAGAAAGCGGCGAAUGUGGCACCCCCAGAAAAGGAGAAGCGACCAGAAAAUACGAAAGCGUUCGAGAUUGAAGAAACCUGGCAGGCAGCUCCGAAACCCACGCAUGAGAAAAAGUCGCCACCUACUAAAGCCGCUCCGUGGGUAGCAGCCGCUGCAGUCCCGCCUAAAGAAAAGUCGCUGAAGGAGAUACAGGAGGAAGAAGAACGGCAACUCCGUGCUGAGCAAGCAGAGCAGGCUCGGCUGCGGAAAGAACACCAAGAAGCUGUCAAUCUCCAGUCCUCCGGGACAUGGUCGAGUGCAUCACAACGUCUCCAAUGGAAUCAGCCUCCUCAACAAACUGCCGCAAAAGCUCCAGCCAAACCAGCUUGGGGUGGUGCGGGUGUAGAACCACCAAAGGCUAACUCUUCACCUUUCUGGGAUGGACCAUCACUGCAGGCUGCUAAUAAGACUCAGAAUGCACAGCCUAAGAAGUCUGCCGAGAAAACAGUUACAAAAACAAACAACGCAAAAUCGGCCAACAAUAUGCUGGUGAAUGAAAAGGCUGCGAAACGAGCUUUGGGUAUGGCUGAAGACAACAGUGUGUUCUUAGAAUGGGUAGUGCAGCGUUUGAAGCAACUCAAUUCUUCAGUAGAAGCAGAUGUUCUAGCCAUGUUUAUUGAGGGUGUUGAAAAUCCUGAUGAGGUAGAAGAUUAUGUAAUUGGCUAUCUCGGUGAUUCCAAAGUAGUCAAGGAGUUCGUUAGAGAGUUUCUGCUCAAAAGGAGUGAUUUUCGUAAUCGAAAGCAACACGCGGUAAAAGAUGAUCUCUCAAGUGCCCGCGGGGCACCAGUUUCGGGUAACGGUUCAGGAGGUUUUUCAGCAGUCCAGGGCAGGAAAAAGAAGAACAAGGGUGCUCGUCUUGUGGUUGAUGGUUCAUGUUUGGGAUUUCGCGCUACAUCUGAUCCGAACAGAGUGAAUCAAGGAGAAAUCGAGACUGUAGCACUGACACCAGGCCAAAAGAAGUAAGGACAUGUGUCAAGCACAUACCACUGUUCCGCAUGAAAUCACAGUUUAUCAAUUUAUUCUCUUAAGUGUUAAUUAUUGACCCCUUAGUACUCGCUGUUUUUCUCUUUCCUUCCAAGAUAUUGCAUUGUUAGUUUACAUGGUGAAAGGCGAUGGUUGUUGGAUUUUGUACCUUUGCGCUGGAUCUACUUUACUAGAUGUUAUGAAAUGGUUCUCUUUCUCUGAGGAGUGCUGCGAUGCUAAUAUAUUGUUUGCUUGUUUUCUGUUUCGCUUUUAACUUCUCUGGGUUCCCCACAGUUUUGGCGUGUAUAUCAUAGAACCUUUUCUGAAUGUUUAAUUUUGAAGACGAGUUUGUGUUGUAUUUUGCUCACAAUCGUGAUGAUUGCUGUCCUUUUCUUGAAAUAAUAGUAGAUAUAUUUUUAUAAGAUUGAUCAACUUCUGUCUAGUAAGCCUUACACUCGGUGUUUCAAAUUCUAAGCAGCACUACCACAUGUUACGAGAGCUAGUCAAUCCUCUUCAACUGAACAUACUUCCUCUUCCCAACAUCGGUUUGAGCACAGUGAGCACUGCUGAUUUAUCACGAAUGUUAGCCAUCGCUCAGUUGUUUCUGUGGUUAUUGCCAGACUCACCAUAAAUCAUACCGUUAUCGCUGCAGAAGGUCGCAAUUUGUGAGAG